GAUGCCAAAGUGAUGUAGGAACAACAACAGAGUGGUGGGGCAGGAGGGAUGGGAUGAGGUGAAGUUCACAGAUGGGAGAGGGAACCUGUAGAUGGCUAAACGACUUUGUGACGACUUCCUGUACAUUCAGCCAUCUUCUACAUGCUUAUCCCGGUGUGUAUACACACACUCAGGCGCAGUCUGGGGAUGUCAGCAGGACAUAUAUACACACAGCAGGGCAUAUAUACACACAGCAGGGCAUAUACACACACAGCAGGGCAUAUACACACAGCAGGGCAUAUAUACACAAACUCAGGCGCAGUUUGGGGAUGUCAGCAGUCAUAUAUACACACAGCAGGGCAUAUACACACAGCAGGGCAUAUAUAUACACACUCAGGCGCAGUUUGGGGACGUCAGCAAGGCAUAUAUACACACAGCAGGGCAUAUAUACACACAGCAGGGCAUAUAUACACACAGCAGGGCAUAUACACACAGCAGGGCAUAUAUACACACACUCAGGCGUAGUUUGGGGAUGUCAGCAGGACAUAUAUACACACAGCAGGGCAUAUAUACACACAGCAGGGCAUAUAUACACACAGCAGGGCAUAUACACACAGCAGGGCAUAUAUACACACACUCAGGCGCAGUUUGGGGACGUCAGCAAGGCAUAUAUACACACAGCAGGGCAUAUAUACACAAACUCAGGCGCAGUUUGGGGAUGUCAGCAGUCAUAUAUACACACAGCAGGGCAAUAUAUACACACAGCAGGACACAUAUACACACAGCAGGGCAUAUACACACAGCAGGGCAUAUAUGCACACACUCAGGCGCAGUUUGGGGACGUCAGCAAGGCAUAUAUACACACAGCAGGGCAUAUAUACACACACUCAGGCGCAGUUUGGGGAUGUCAGCAGUCAUAUAUACACACAGCAGGGUAUAUAUACACACAGCAGGGCAAUAUAUACACACAGCAGGGCAUAUAUACACAUAGCAGGGCAUAUACACACACACUCAGGCGCAGUUUGGGGAUGUCAGCAGGACAUAUAUACACACAGCAGGGCAUAUAUACACACAGCAGGGCAUAUAUACACUCAGGCAUAGUUUAGGGACGUCAGCAGGGCAUAUAUACACACAGCAGGGCAUAUAUACACUCAGGCGCAGUUUGAGGACGUCAGCAGGGCAUAUAUACACACAGCAGGGAGUGAAUGAAACACUGGGAGUGGAACUCCAGCAGGGCAUAUAUACACUUAGGCGCAGUUUGGGGAUGUCAGCAGGAUCUAUAUACACACAGCAGGGCAUAUAUACACACAGCAGGAUAUAUAUACACACACUCAGGCAUAGUUUAGGGACGUCAGCAGGGCAUAUAUACACACAGCAGGAUAUAUAUACACACACUCAGGCGCAGUUUGGGGACGUCAGCAGGGCAUAUAUACACUCAGGUAUAGUUUAGGCACGUCAGCAAGGCAUAUAUACACACAGCAGGAUAUAUAUACACACACUCAGGCGCAGUUUGGGGACGUCAGCAGGGCAUAUAUACACUCAGGUAUAGUUUAGGGACGUUAGCAAGGCAUAUAUACACACAGCAGGAUAUAUAUACACACACUCAGGCAUAGUUUGGGGAUGUCAGCAGGGCAUAUAUACACUCAGGCAUAGUUUAGGGACGUCAGCAGGGCAUAUAUACAUUCAGGCACAGUUUGGGGAUGUCAGCAGGAUAUAUAUAUACACGCACUCAGGCGCAGUUUUGGGACGCCAGUCAGCCAGACUGCUUGUCUUCUGACUAGCCCUGUGGGUGAGGGGCGGCAGUGCCAUGCCACUCUCUGCAACUUUUUGGUCUUUUUGCAAUGGGAGUGAAUGAAACACUGGGAGUGGAACUCCUUGUGACUUGAAUUGCUCUGUCAAAACAAAAGCAGAACGUGCUAUAUGACAGAGACGGAAUAAGGAACAUGGGAUGGAUCUGGACCAGCAUCAAUCACAUGACUGAGCAGUACAGAUCAUGGCCCCAGCAUUGACCUUAAUCAGCCCCCCAGCCACCCGUAGGAUGCCUAACCAGAGCCCAGAAAUCACCCAGCUUUGCACACGCCUGGGACCUGCCCAAUUACCAGAAGCUCGCUCUCGUUUUGUUGUGCCUUUUUUUUUUACCGAGGAGGUUUUUCUUGUGUGAUAUCCUGUCUUUGGCAGAUGUAAAUUUUUUUCUGUGUUGAACUCUGUUUUCUAAGCGGAUUUCUAAAGAAUCUUCCCUCACAUCACCCAUCUUUGCCCCUUGGUGUUUUUCUGUAUGUCGGCAGAUAUGGGGGUGAAUAAACAUCUGCUCCCCCCCCCCUCCCCCCACCAAGGCUCAUAUAGCCCCUAAUUCAUCACAGGCUUUCUCAAAACUUUGGGAGAAUAAUAAUCAAUAGAUAAAAUCCACCUGUAACGGGAAGCCGCAGUUUCACCUGCUUCCUGCUGUUUGCUUAUGUGAUGGUAAAGCAAGAUCUGUUUGCACUGAAUUGUGCCUGGGUUAAAAAUACCGUAAAGCCUCUGUCGUGUCCCCAGAUUGUCCUCAUCCGAAAAGAGUAUUUGUUGUGUCCCCAGAUUGUCCUCAUCUGAAAACAGUAUUUGUCGUGUCCCCAGAUUGUCCUCACCCUAAAAGAGCCUCUGUCGUGUCCCCAGGUUGUCCUCAUCUGAAAACAGUAUUUGUCGUGUCCCCAGAUUGUCCUCACCCUAAAAGAGUAUUUGUCAUGUCCCCAGAUUGUCCUCACCCUAAAAGAGUAUUUGUCAUGUCCCCAGAUUGUCUUCACCCGAAAAGAGUUUCCAGAAUUGCAGUUUACAGCUCAACUGCUGCAAUUUUUGUCUCUUAUUUUUACUUUGCAUAAAUAGUGUAAAAUAAUAUGUGAGUGCAUUGCGUGUUAUUCUCAGUAAAUGUGUGGUAGCAUGAGGCCCUGUAUGUGCACAUGCGUAUUAGAAGUGUUUUUUUUUUUGAGCGUUCAACACUUGUUGUGUGAACUGUUACGGUGGAUCCUCAUUCCGAGAAGUCACAUGACCCCCCCCUCCAUUUCUCUGCUGUUUUCCUAGCACGCCUUUUCACUGAGGUUUUGCAGGGUAGAAUCAGGGACUUUCCCUUCAGCUGCUAAAGUGCCCCCCCCCCCUGCUCUCGCUCUAUCGCUCUCUCUCUUUUUCUGUCUCUCUCGACCUCUCCUGCUUGAUCGUUAUCACCGCUUCUGCGUCAUGUGGCUGCUAUUGUUGCACCCAUAAUCUCCCUUUAAUGGCUGAGGGAUGGUUAUGAUCGUUAUAGGUCAAUUCUGUACGUGCAGAUUUUACCCCCAUGAUCUUUACUUUCUUGUUUUUGUGUCUGUUUAGCUUGGCAUACUUGAAUGUAAUUCCUAGGACAGCUCUCCAUGGGAGAGGAAUGGGGUUUUCCCUCUCUGUCCCACCCUGAGUCUAUCACCCCUAGGCACCAGAACUCCCCCGCCUGCCUGCCUGCCUUCCUUCCUGGUUCAUCUCUGGUCUCUCCCAGGCAUAUCUCUACUAUACGUCAGCAUUUUUUUUUCCUUUCUCACCAUAGAGUGAUUAACAGGAACCUACAGGAUGCAGUAUACAUUCCUGAGAGUUUAUUAUGUGGCUGCUGACCUUUGUGAUUACCAAAAUGUCUCUGACUUGUCCCUGCAAUCAUAUUCCAAUUUAUUGUUUAUGAGUACAGUUAAAGACUAUGGAUUUUCUUAAGCUAACAAAGAGAUAUGUGUCAUUUUAUAAAAGGUCAUUUUUGUGUAAUGAGCUUUGCCAAGACUGAAAUAUGAGACAGUAGGAGGAUUCAUAGGAUUCCAGGGAAUUCACCAUGAAAAUACCCACGGCGGCAUUCUUAGCCUGUGUUGAUAUGUACUCGGAGUGUGUGUGUGCCGGUAUGUCUGAGUAGGAGUAAGUCAGAGUGGAUUCAGGGAAAUAGGAGUGUUGAUUUCACAAGAAAGGAGGGAAGAUAGUAUUUGGUGUGACAUGGAAGGAAUUUUUCUUUUUAUUCUGAUCUUUUUGCUCUCUGACCUUAUGGGGAGGGUCAUAUUCCUGCGUGAUCACCGGUAGGUGGAUAUGUAAAAUGGACGAAUACUGUUCUGUCUCCUUGAAAAAGGCACCAGUUUGAUUCCUUUCCACAUACUGAAUAACCAGCAUAAUCCUUCUGUGUGCUUCCAUGUAACUAGGUGCGUUAUUGGUCAACAUUGUGAUGCUAAUGCAUUUGCAUAUGGGCUUCAUUUCACCAGGGUGAUGUCUGCCUCUUAUUCUGUCUUUCACCCUUCUGAGGCUGCUUGGCAGGCUGUUGUUUUCUCAUGCUCUCGGUGUGGCAGGCAGCACCCUGGAUGGGCAUGUUGCAGCUGUGGCACUGGUGUCUUGAUUACAUAAGUCCCGUGGAGAUUUACCCGAAGAACAGGUUCCAGCUGACAGUGAAUUGUAAAAUUUUUUUUUAUUUUAUUAAAUCUGUAGGGUUAAAUUGAACGUGGUGAUGUGUUGAUUGUGUAGCGAACUGCUGAGGAUCGGACCCAAACGCACCCAUUCAUUGAUUCCCCGCUCAUCCACUGUAGCUUGAAGCCUGUCCCAAAAAAACCAUUGCAGAGGACACCCUGACAGACACAUGUAUACUAUGGCCAGUUUAGAGAGAACUGCUUGCAAACUGCACCCAGUCAGAAUGGGGGUGAAAUUCAAACACCCAUCCCUGGAGGUGCAAAGCAGCAGAGCUACCGCACGAGCAACCACAUUUUAGAACUUAGAUUUAUAGAACAAAACCAAAGCUAAAAAAUAACAGCUAAACAUCUUGAUAUAAUGUAUCAAAACUAUUAACAUAUCUUAAAACUGAGAUUAUUACUGUUGACAUAAUGCCUCAAAACUGAGGCUAUUACUUUUGACAUAAUCCCUGAACGAUUAACCAAAACACCAUUUGGCCAUGCUCAGCUUAGUGAUGAGUAGGAUAUAUAUCGAUUGGUACUCCGAUCUCAAUGAUGGCACCUUGUUAAACAAAAGGUUUAAUUGAUCUUGUAAUGCUCACAGUGAAUGUUUUUCAGUAACACAAUCAGGGUUCAUCUUUCAUUCAUACUCUGUGGUUUUUCUUCUUUGCUUAUGCAGCUUGAAUGGUCUUCCUGCCUGUGGAUACAUUUGCGGGUUCAGUGUGUAUGCCACACAGCGGGCUGUCCGUGACUGACCUUGUGACAAGGGGAAAAAUUCCCGUGGUAGACAUGAUUUGCUGUAUAGAGGCAAUGUUGUACUUUGCCUGCAGGCUGAAUUUGUGAGUACAGUUCACGAAAAGACACAAGACAAUGAUCCAGCCAUUGUUUUUCACUUUCUGUGUCCCUUUUGGGUCACCCA